UAUAAUUAUACUUGUAUAAACUAUCUCAGCCCCACAUCAAAAAACCAAAUCCCCAGAUCAAAUCCAAGCCCUCCGUCUCAGAUCUCUCAACCUCUCUUCUUGCUCGGUUCCUUGAAGAAGACCAUCUCCAAUGGCGGAUCACGACGAACCUCUCCUGACUUCCUCCGAGAUCGAAGAAUCCCCAUCACCAAUCUCCACCACCUCCGAAUCCUCUUCAAUCAAUCUCCCCUCUCUCAACCGCUCCGUUCUCCACCGCUCCAGCACGGCCCCAGCCAUGGCCGCCAUCAUGGCCGAAGUCAACCCCGUUCCAAACCCUAAUCUCAGGAGCAACAACUCCUCCUCUGGCUCAAUCUUCAGGCAUGCAUCUCUCCUCCUCCUUCUCUACCUCUCUCUCGGCGUUCUCACCUACACCUUCAAUCCCAAUGCUUUCUCCGGCAUCGAGACUCAUCCGAUCAUCGACGCCCUCUACUUCUGCGUCGUCACUCUCUGCACAAUCGGCUACGGAGACAUCGCACCUCUCACCCCCAUAACCAAGCUCUUAUCUUGCGUUUUCGUCCUCAUCGGCUUCGGCUUCAUCGAAGUCCUUCUCUCCGGCGCCGUCAACCGAUUUCUCGACCACCAAGAAACCCAAUUCUUAACAAGCAUCAUCCGCCACGGUACAGGCCCAUCAAACUACAUCUUUGACGCCGAGAAAGGCCGAAUGAGGAUUCGAAUGAAGGUUCUCCUCGCCAUCAGCGUCGUCAUUCUUUGCAUCGCCAUCGGCGCUUCCGCAUUGAGCUUUCUUGAAGGUUUGGAUUUCAUGGACUCAUUGUAUUUGUCCGUGAUGUCUGUCACAACAGUUGGAUAUGGAGAUCAUGCUUUCAAAACCAUGAAAGGAAGAGUUUUUGCUUGUUUGUGGUUGUUAAUAUCAACACUUGCAGUUGCCAAAUCAUUCAUAUAUUUAGCUGAGGCAAGAAUUAAUAAACGCCACAAAAGAAUUGCAAAAUGGUCACUACACAGAAAUUUGACUGUGGAAGAUUUGCUUGCUGCAGAUCUCAAUCACAAUGGUUUUAUCAGUAAAUCAGAGUAUGCAGUUUUCAAGUUGAGAGAGAUGGGGAUAGUGAAAGAGAAUGAUGUGUUGCAAAUUUGUGACCAGUUCAACAAGCUUGACUGUAAUAAUACUGGAAAGAUAACUUUAAUUGAUUUACUUAACUACAGGAAAUUACAGGUAUAGUAAAUGAGAUGUGUAAUAUUAUAUAUACAUCAGUGUAUGAAGGAAAUUUUAGUUGAAUCUUUUGUACAAAGAUAUGUAUAUAAAUAUAUGUGGUGUACAACAAAUUUUCAAUUUUUGAAAAUGUAGUAAGAAAAUUUUGUUGAAUAUUUGGUAUAAAGAUAUGAUUGAGUUUA